AUGUUGAUCUCAUUGCUUAUGCAUCUAAAUUCAAAAAAAAUUGAAAAUUAAAUAUUAACCAGUCUCAUUCUCAAUUCAAAAUUUACUUAAAUUAUAAUAUAUCAAAAACCUAUUUAAGAACCAAAUGCAGAAAUGGGCACAGUGAAUCCUUUUUGCACAGGAAUUAUUCUAAUGGAUGCUAAACAGUUCAAUUCAGCUAAGAUCACAAUUUAUAUAUAUAAAUUUAUUAAAAAUAAUGAAUUCAAAAAUUAAUUGAGAAGAUUGGAUUACUUUUGUUAAAAGCAUCAACAAAACAAUAGCUUUGGGUUAGCUAAGAAAUGUUAAAUAAAGAAGCUUAUAGGAUUUAAUGCUAAAAUCUUAAAAAAUGAGGACGGCGAAUGUGUUAAAGCAGAGGAGAUAUCCAAAGUUAAACAGUAAUUUGUUAAAGGAGGAUAAAUUGAUAUCCUGUAAUGGUAGAGCCAAAGUUAGAUAAUGUGGGAGAGAAUUAAAUCAUUUUGUGAUUGGAUUUUAAAGGACCAGCAUAGAAUCCAUACAACUUUAAUGAAAUUUAUAGAAACUUACCUAAUUAUGGUUAAUUUAAAAGUUAAAAGCACAGUUUAAAUAAAUGAAAAAUCAAUGGGAAUAUUAAAUUUGAGAUUUUCUUAACACAUUAAUAGAAAGAGUUGA